AUGAUACAUUUAAUUAAUGAGACAAAAGAGGGGGAAUUUGGAAACUGGACGAACAGUUCCACAGUGGAGGAACCGACCAUUUACUUCACGAACAAAAUCUCAAUGAUUGUUGGAAUCCCGACAUUCUUAGAAAAUAUUCUUGCUGUAGCCGUUUUACUGAGGUGUCGUAACAUGAUAAGCCAAAUCCGGACUCUACUCUUAAAUCUCUCCAUCGCAGACUGCCUGACCGGGUUGGUUUUAGCACUUCCGGACUACGCCUACGAGUGGGCAUUUCAUUGCAGAAUCAAGAAAUAUUUGGCGGCUACCAUUGUGUUCGCUACCUUUUAUACUAUUUCGCUUCUGAACCUCGACAGAUGUCUCGCUCUCUUCCUUGGAAUAAGGUAUUACAUAAAAGUGACGGCAUUCAGAGUUAGAUUUUCUUGUGUGUCCGCAUGGUUUCUUGCAUUUGGAAAUUCAUACUUAAUGUACUACGACCCGACGGAGCCAACAGGAAUAUACUGUUCAAUGAUGUAUUGGUCACCUUAUAAUUUUGGCACCGCAAUCUCUAGUGCAUCGAUAAUACUUUUUGCUAUUAUUAACAUUGUGCUCCUAGGAGUUAUGCUGUACAUGGUACCCAAGGAUGCCACCAGCAAAGUUCUCUCUAAAAUGGCGUUAAUAACGGGUUUUGCGUUGGUUUGUUACACCCCGGCUUUAUUGCUCCACGCUUUCUUUCCUAUGAAAGACAGUCACUAUCGUCGACUCAUAGCCUACACAGGAGUUCUACUGUUUUCUAACAGUAUAUUAAAUCCCAUCCUGUAUGUGUGGAGAUUCAAAGAAACCCGGUACUACGUCAUCAAAACGUUUUGUUUUUGGAACAAAAGGUAUCUCCAAAAGUGUGACGAAGAGUGGAAAUUCCAGACAGCAACGUUUGCCAUUUGUCAAUCCGUUCCUGUGCAUUGUGAUAGGAAUAGAAAUUCAGAAGCAAACGUAAACCAAAAUUAA